AUGAAUUUUCGUGUACGGGAUGCUACUGUGAAUGUUUAUUCAACUAGGCGAUUACUGAAUGCUUUAUUAGUAACAGAUCAAUCCGUUCUGCCAGCAGGUUCGCAGUGUCAACUAUCAACAUGUAGUUCCAAACCUUCGAAAUGUUCGGCAAAUUUCGACUGUGAAUGUUUAGCAUUGACAAAUGGUGGUGGUAGUGGAAUGUGUGCAAAUCCGAUUAUUUCCUGUUCAAAUUUAGCUCCAUGUCAGAAUAAUCACACCUGUUCAGUAUUAGGCACAGUUUGUGUUAAUAGCACAAAAUGUCAACAAAACGUUUGUUAUCCCGUAGCUUUAGCUAUACCACAAAUGUGCCCGCCAAUAAUCUAUGACAAUAUUGAACGCGCUUCGGCUAUAGAUUAUUUCUGGUUAGAUGCCUCAGUUAGAUCUGAUUUAGAUCUUUAUACAUUUAACAGUUCGGGAUGGGUGGGUAGUUCCAACUAUGUUACAUCAUGGACUGAUAAAGUCAAAAAUAUUUCAAUGUCAACAAGAACGUAUAGUACUCCGCCUGGUUUAUAUGUCCCAGGUGUUAGUCCAUCAGUUAGAUUUUAUCGUGGUGGUACCACUAGGAAUACAGGUUUAGAUGUAGGAUCUUUGGUAGGUGGGGGCGACCAAACGUCAAAACUGAGAAAUUAUACUAUCGUUAUUGUGGCUAAAGUUAAUGCACAUAGUAGAAUAUUUUCAGCUGGUAAUGGUCCUUAUAGUAAUGUUACAAUGUGUUUCGAAAUUAAUCCAAUUACUGGAUUGUUAAGUUUAGAAGAUUAUUAUGCAGGAAAUUCCAUUAAUACAACAGCUUCAAUUAUAAUAAGUGAAGCUGAAAAUACUAAAAAUGCAGCCGUAUAUAGUGUGGUUGUUAGCAAUAGUUCAACGUCAUUUUAUUACAAUAUGGUUAAUAAAUCCUCAGUACCGUUCACUUCAAAUAAAGGCUUUUUUGGUCAUUUCAAUGGGUUUGCGUUAGGUUCUGUUUGGGGUUGGGUUGGUCGUGGAUAUAAUGAUGAUUUUAAUUUGUAUGAAAUUAGAGUGUAUAAAGAAGCUCUGAAACAGAGUCAAAUAUCUUCUUUAGUUACAGCAUUACGUGCAAAGUGGAAUAUCUAA